AUGAUCCCUCCUGUCUCCAGGCCUCCGCCUGUGGCUAAUAGCUCUUCCUGCGCCACUGCUACUACGGUCGUCACUGAGUUCAGGGCUUACUGUCCCACGCCAACUACUAUAACAACCGAUGGCGAGACAAUCACAGUCACGGCUCCUACCACUCUGAAGAUUACAGCAUGCCCCUGUACGCUGACAGCCACGAUUCCUGCGCCCCAAGGACCUACCGCGAGUACUACUUACAUCAGCACGACCACUAUGGUCUCCGAGUUAGCCACUUACUGUCCAUUGUCUACCAUAAUAACCAGAAACGGAGAGACGAUCACGGUCACUGCUCCUAGCACCGUCACCAUCACUACCUGCCCAUGUACUGUGACCGCUAAAGUGCCAGUCGAAACGACGACCAGAGAAACUACCGGGGGCUACAAUAACUCAACAACGAUUUCUUACACUACCAAGAUCACCGUGCUCCCCGAGCUGACCACCUACUGCCCAUCGCCAACCACUAUUAUCACGAACGGCGAGACCAUCACAGUAACUGGUCCAACCUCGCUCACCAUAACCGCUUGUCCAUGCAGUGUGACUACUUCUGAACCAGUGAAACCCACGUCUAGCCACUUAUCAAGCGAGAAACCUCAAUCACCAUCCAGUGGUGCAACCUCCCAGCCUGCAGCCUGUACCACAAGUUUACUCACUACACAGUCUCCGCAAGACUGCCCUCUACCAACAGUGCAAACACAGUUGGGCCAUCGCUGCUGGGCUUCAUUGGAAUCACCAUGUGUUUAUUAUAGUCUGAUCAUCGGAUUUUUGCUGGCAAUUUAA